GGGAAGGCAGGUGAGAAAGCGAAGCCAGCGGGUGGGGAAACCGUGACGUGAACGUGCCCUAGCUUGGUGUGACAGAGGCUGGAGAGAAGGCAAGGAUCCUAAGGAACCAGACUGGAAUGUGAUGUCAUUGCAAGAGCGUGAGUCCAGCUUUGGUUGAAGGAGAACAUCAGAGAUGUCAUUAACAGGGCCAGGACUAAGGCUAAUCUGGGCCGACUGUGCCCUCACUUUUCCCUUCUCCCUCCCUGCAUUGGACAAUUGGAUUCAUAGGCUGUGGCUAUGGACUACUUCAGUUAUUCAGGGUGGUGGUGUUUUGCAGACAACUGGCAGAGAGAGAAGUUGGCUACUACCAUGGAAUCACCAGAGGAGCCUGGAGCAGCCAUGGAUGAGAACUACUUUGUGAACUACACUUUCAAAGAUAGGUCACACUCAGGCCGUGUGGCUCAAGGCAUCAUGAAACUGUGUUUGGAGGAAGAGCUCUUUGCUGAUGUCACCAUUUCAGUGGAAGGCCGGGAGUUUCAGCUCCACCGAUUGGUCCUCUCAGCUCAGAGUUGCUUCUUCCGGUCCAUGUUCACUUCCAACCUGAAGGAGGCCCACAACCGGGUAAUUGUGCUGCAGGAUGUGAGCGAGUCUGUUUUCCAGCUCCUGGUUGAUUAUAUCUACCAUGGGACUGUGAAACUUCGAGCUGAGGAGCUGCAGGAAAUAUAUGAGGUGUCAGACAUGUAUCAGCUGACAUCUCUCUUUGAGGAGUGUUCUCGGUUUUUGGCCCGCACAGUGCAGGUGGGCAACUGUCUUCAGGUGAUGUGGCUGGCAGAUCAACACAGUGAUCCUGAGCUCUACACUGCUGCCAAGCACUGUGCCAAGGCCCACCUGGCCCAGCUGCAGAGCACAGAGGAAUUUCUCCACUUGCCCCACCGUCUACUCACUGAUAUCAUCUCUGAUGGAGUUCCAUGUUCCCAGAACCCAACAGAGGCAAUAGAAGCCUGGAUCAAUUUUAAUAAAGAAGAAAGAGAGGCUUUUUCAGAGUCACUCAGGACUAGCUUGAAGGAAAUUGGGGAGAAUGUACACAUUUACCUGAUCGGGAAAGAGUCAUCUCGUACCCACUCGUUGGCUGUGUCCUUACAUUGUGCAGAAGAUGACUCCAUCAGUGUAAGUGGCCAAAACAGCUUGUGCCACCAGAUCACUGCAGCCUGCAAGCAUGGCGGAGACUUGUAUGUGGUGGGAGGGUCCAUCCCACGGCGCAUGUGGAAGUGCAACAAUGCCACUGUGGACUGGGAAUGGUGUGCGCCUUUGCCCCGUGACCGACUCCAGCACACCCUGGUGUCUGUGCCCGGGAAAGAUGCCAUAUAUUCACUGGGUGGCAAGACGCUGCAGGAUACCCUCUCCAAUGCAGUUAUCUAUUAUCGGGUAGGUGAUAACGUCUGGACUGAGACAACCCAGUUAGAGGUGGCUGUGUCAGGGGCCGCUGGUGCCAACCUCAACGGGAUCAUCUACUUACUAGGGGGGGAGGAGAAUGACCUGGACUUCUUUACCAAACCGUCCCGACUCAUCCAGUGCUUUGACACAGAGACAGACAAGUGUCACGUGAAACCCUAUGUGCUGCCCUUCGCUGGCCGCAUGCACGCAGCUGUGCAUAAGGAUCUGGUGUUCAUCGUGGCUGAAGGGGACUCCCUGGUGUGCUACAAUCCCCUGCUAGACAGCUUCACCCGGCUUUGCCUUCCUGAGGCCUGGAGCUCUGCCCCAUCCCUCUGGAAGAUUGCCAGCUGUAAUGGGAGCAUCUAUGUUUUUCGGGACCGAUAUAAAAAGGGGGAUGCCAACACCUACAAGCUUGAUCCUGCCACUUCGGCUGUAACUGUCACUAGAGGCAUUAAGGUGCUACUUACCAAUUUGCAGUUUGUGUUGGCCUAAGGCUGUGAGGGAAAGAGCGGCUGACUUUUGCCCUCCCUUUCUCCAGCACCUACCCAUCCAAACUCAAAGUCCCGGAGGCCCCCAUUCAGGUACUAUGUUAUUUUUUGGCACAUGUUAGAAAGGCAGCACCUCAACCCUUGAACUCAUAAGGGUGUUCCGUUUGGGGCUUUUUAGACUGCUGCUUCUCAGCUGGCUGGUUGAACUGAGAGUAGGCCGGCCUGUUCGCCAUCCCCUUGUAAUCCUGUGCCUCCCUACAGAGCACGUAGAGCAAGCCUCUUCUCCGCCCUUAGGCACUGCCUCCCCUCUUUACCUGAUCAGUGUUACAUAGAAGCACCCCUGAUCCCGGGACAGAAGGAAAGAUGCCCAGUCUUCCGUUUUUUCCAUAGCCUGUUAAGUGGCUAAUUGGUCAUUUUUCCACGAAGAAUUAGGUGUUAGAGUUCUCCUUCAGGCUUUGGUUGGGAGAAUGGACUAAGCUGAAGGUGUCCUUCACCAGCAAGAGUCUACCCUAGAAUUUAGGACAUUUGUCUGUUGUUUUUCAUCUGUCUGUCAAGAAAUGUAUACUUUGGUUUUAUUUUUGGCUUAUUCCAAGGAGUAAGCCAGAAAGUAGAAAGGAUUAUUUCUGAUUAAUCGCAGAAACUUUUUUCAAACUCAAAUAUAUAAGGUCUCUAUUCUUUUAAAAGCUCUAAGCUAAGCCAAGAGCUAGGAACUGUUCAUACAAAUAAAAGUUUUUGAAGCGA